ACACUCACACUUUGGGAUCCUCUGCAGGGGGAGAGAGAUCUGUCACGUCGACUCUGUAGUGAACUGUAAGGGGCAUCGCGAUCCAGAGGAUGGAGAAAAUCUGUUCAAAGACAAGAUCCCCAUAAUGAUUUAAUGUUUGCCAACAUGAUGAAUAUUGAGGUCCCCAUUUAUAAAAAAAAAAAUCUGUCAGCCUGUAAUAAGUGACAGUAAAUACCUUUGACGGCUGUGUUUGUUGGUGUUGAGCUGGGAGGUGAAGCUGAAGUUGACGUCCACCAAAAAGGCUCCGGAUUAUCCCCAAAAACUGAAGCUGUCUGAUGGCGCUCUUCCCGACUUUGUGGCCGACCAUGACGAAAGCGCUCUAUGUACCUGCAAGAGAAAAGGUCAGUGUUCAUACAAGUGUAACUCCAAUAGCGAGAAUACAAAACCACUGACCAGCUUUUUUUUUUUUAUAGAACUAAGAGAAAUCUCCUCAGAAUCAACAUACUUAGCCAUUACUGAAUCCUGCUGAAUUCCAGGUUCUGAGGAAACAGUGUGUUGUCCCACUCUAACAGACUGUCCAGGUGUUACCAUGGAGGCUGAAGCACUGGCUAAAGGAGAUCUACUGUCAGCAAAACUGUGGUCAGGUUCCUCAAACAGCAUUCGCUCCACUGGACUCCUCCUGGUGUGUAACUGUGGACUAGAUUGCUGGAUAAUGCGAACCGGACUCAAAGUCUGCAAAGAGAAAAUUGGCAUAUUUACAGUGACAGUCAAAUAAUGAAAAACAUCUCGAUACAUAUGAAGUCUACUGAGCUCCAUACUGUUUUCUUCUUAUGAGACAUGGGUUUGUUGGAGGAUGGAUGGUUGUGUGUCUUCCUCACUUUGGAUGCCGGUUGAUUCUGCUUUGACUUGAAGACAGGCCCACUGUGAAAACAAUGCCUUUAAACAAAUAUGACUACUUCUUAAAGAUGCUAUUUCAGUCUCAACUUAAGAUCUUACCUGGAUUUCAUCGCGUCUAUGUUGAUUCAUACAAAAAAAAAACCAAGAAUCAAAAGCAGAGGUCGCUGGUCUAACUUGGCAUGUCCACGAAAGUUCCCAUUGAAUUACACAUCAAUACAACACAAAUCGUCCAUGAAAUAUCAAAAUUACUUCUCCGGAAGUUUUGCAAAUGUACCUUCUCAUAAAUUCGGCUUGGUCUUGAAACAAACCACCUUGGUCUUUUGGACAAAUACGCUAUGAUCGCAUACACUCGAAAGCACCUAAAGACUGUUUUAGUCGCUCGUUAUUUACAACUUCACACACAACCAAUAGACACGAAGUUUGAUAUGAUCGACGUGAAAUGCAUCCAAUCGCGUACGGCUACCUCACCACAUGAACACCAAUCAAUUGUUGAGAAAGUGUCAGCGCGCGGAAGAGGAAAGUCAACAGACGCCGAUGGACAAAAAUAAGCUAGUUAGCAACGGUUAUUCAAGCUAGUAAACAUAGCUAUCUGGAGCAGUUUUUAAACAUCCGGUGAAGAGCCUUUUUUCGGCCGGAUUGCCAGAAUCAGUUGGGAUUAGUUUCUAGUCGGUAACCGCCAUAAAAGAUUAAGCUUGCGAUGCAGCCUCAACAUUACUAAUCGAGGAAACCGUCUCAACCGUACGCCAGCUAGCACGCUAACGUUUAGCAACCCGUCAAGUCCCCCGUCAGCGUCUGUUUUCAUCAGUUUUGUAACAUCGAUCUCAGCCAAAAGACUGAAGAUUUGAUCAACGUUUUGGGUAGUUUACCCGUUGUUUUGCGACUUUGUGUGUGUGUUGAAAUAUUUGAAGGUGGAUAUAAUGCAUCACGUCAAAAUCAAGACUGAAAGGCCAGGUAAGAGGAAGAAGAUGUUAUUAACGACCUCAUAACCUCCUGAACUAUCAAAGUGUCCAUUUAAAUGAAUCUAUCGGUGAAACCCACUGCGAAAGAAAACACACACACCAAUCAUGGACACUUGUAAUGUCGGAAUAUGCAAUCCACUAUGUGUAAUACCUAAAGUGUUAGGCAAAAGUGAGUUAUCGUAGUUAUUUCAACGGAAGAGACAUCUAUUUCCAUGUUACCUUUGCAGAUAUGGAAGGGCCUGCCGCUCGCAGCAAACUGGAUGCUGUAUUAAAGGGACUGGUUGAAAGGACUGAAAACGAAAGGUUUGUGGGUUUAUGUAUUACAUUUUGUAUUUCUUGAUGAAGUGGUCUGUUUCCAGUCUAAUAUUUUAUAUUGAACAGGGAACAAACUGAGGGUGACUCUGGAAAAAUGACGGCUGACUCUUUGAACAAGUAUGAAUCUCUUUGAAUUUUGUGAAAAGAAAAUGUCAGAUCAAUCGUAACUGGUGCCUCAGGGCUUGGAAAUAUCUGAGUUAUCUAACAAAUAUACGAUUAACAACUGAUUUGAAUGACAUGUUCCAUUUGUUUCUGCUAGGGAUUUGUCUCCAUCAUCCGCUGGAAAAAGGCAAGUGUCUAUUUUUAUUUAAAGGUUGACAGUAAACACACCAAUCAAUCAAUCAGUCAAUCAAAUUUUAUUUAUAUAGCGCCAAUUCACAACAGUCGUCAUCCCAAGAUGCUUUCCAAAGAAAAAGAGCAGGUCUAGACCACGCUCAUUGUUUGAUGAAUUAUCAAGACCCAACCUAAGAUUGGAUUUGGCCCAUCUCAUCUAACAUGAGUGACAGUGGCGAGGAAGAACUUCCUUUUCACAGGCAGAAACCUUGGGAAGGAUCAGACUCAUGUUAGACAGCCACCAGGCUGCUGCUGGGUUGGGGAGGAAUACAGUAUGUAUUAGGAAUACAGAGAGAUAGGGGGAGAGAGAGAAAGGAGUGGAGAAAGGGCAGGGGGAGAGAAAGAGAACAGGAUAGAGGGAAUAGGUAAGGGGGAGGUCGGGAGAGAGAGUAGAGAACGAGGGUGAGAGAGAGAAAGACAGGGGAAAGCAGCAACAUUUAAACAACAACAACAGCUCAUGAAAUGAUGAAACAAAAUGAAUUCAGUUUACAUGGUUAGGAUAUGAGUAAUUAUGGACAAUGUUAAAUUAAUUUAACGUGAUUACAGUCAGCAGGCCAAUAGUAGUUAACUCUACUUUUAUGUUGUUAAUGUCGGUGAGGCUGCAUAUGUGUUGUUCUUUAUUCAUGAGUGGGGGAAAAAAAAACUCCCUAUGAAACUGUCAUGUCAGUGAGUUUAUAAAUUCACAAUGAUAAGUUAGAUGUCACCACAUCAUGUUGGAUCUGGAAACCAUUUCAAUGGAAGCCUCCUCCUGCUUAGUCCCUGUCCUUCCUGUUUUAGGCCGUCAGCACGCUUUCCACAACAUCGGAGGAAGAAAAGAAAAGAAAUGGAUGAGGGCAUACCAGAAACCAAUCAGCAUAAACAAAGUAAGUAAAAGUGAAUUUCCGUUACAAUUUAAUCUGAAACUACAUUGAGACACUGCCCCUCACAUGUUUUGUCUCUUUUCCUGUCAGUAGAUUUUUCAACCUUGCAAUUGUCUGCCUUUUCUGUCUUUCUAGAUUCUUACGUUAUCAAGUUGUUUGACCGAAGUGUUGAUCUGGCUCAGUUUAACACCAGCACCCCACUGUAUCCUAUCUGUCGCGCCUGGAUGAGAAACAAUCCUUCUGUUCGAGAGCCACUUGCUUCCCCAAGUCCCCCACACAGCAUGGUAGAAGAAGAGGUGAGGCUUUACAGCUAUGUUUUCCAAAAAAUGACAUUUUAAACUCACAGACUUCACAUCCCACCAGACAAAAGCGAUGACAUAAAAAGUUCUUGUUUUGAACUUUUUUAGUGUAGGGAUACCAUACCAGCACUUUGGUGAAAAACACAGUAAAUCAAGUCACCAUCUCUGGUAGGACUGUAGCAGUAACUGUAAAAAUGAAAUGCUACAGUUUUAACAAGCCAGCCACAAAGCAUGGUUGACUGCCACACAACCUCACCGCAACUCACAUUCAGAUUCACUCCUUUGAAGACAUUUCAUCUCACAGCCAAAUGAAAGAGUAGAUUCAGCUAAUUUAGAUGAGGCAGUUUGCAAAUUCAGCACAAAAAGGUUGAUGUGUAAUGAUGAAAUGCACAGAAUAUAAGGAGAAAUAACCAUUAGCUACCAAGUUGAAGCUGCUGCCUCCAGCACAGAGCUGAGCACCUCAUGCUGGUGUCAGUCAACACUGCAUAGUUGGUUGGAAAAAUAUGAACAGGAUAUCAUUGGAACAGAACAGUUUGAUAUAUGCACAUCUCAGUCAUUAUGCUGUUAGUUGAUGGGUGAACUGAAAGUUGUUUCUUGAAAUUAACCUGUAUGAUAUAGAAUCAUUAUGAGAAAAAGCAUGGACUUCUGCUGUGGAGAGAUGUGACCAAAACUUAACUCCUGGUUCUGCUCCAGGUUGUGUGUUUUGUGUGUCAAAGAUGAAAACAAAGGGCAUUCUUACCAUAAUUUUAUUGUCUUUUAGUUAUUAAACUUACAGUACAAUUUUUAGUUAUCAUGCAUUUUACAAAGCCUAGUUUUACAUUUUUUAAAGAUGUUUUUGACAUUUUAGUUUCUAUGAUUUAGUUAGUUUUUGUUCACGAUAACCUUGGUCGACUAUUUGAAGAAUGGUAAGUUGCUUUUGAGUGAUUUAUGUGUAAUAUUUCUGAGCUCCAGAAACAGUUCUUUUCCAGGCUCUGAUGUGUACGGGCUGUGUGCACCUCAGCAGUAUAUGUCUCUUCUACUAUCAGAAUCAGAAUCUGCCUUAUUGGCCAAGUAUGUGUACACAUACGAGGGAUUUGACUCUGGUAAACUUUGCCCACCAUGUUCAAACAUUAAGCAUGUUACAAAAAUUACAAAGUAUGUAUAAGCUUACUCAAACUUGACAUUUAACUUUGGUUGUAAUGCUGAUGGUACGUCAGCCGUGUUGUUAAACCAAGUUAUUUGAAUUAGUAAAUUGCUCUCCUGUGCACUCUUUGGAAAAAAAUCUUUUUUUUUUUUUUUUCUCUCAGGUUACUGACAUGAUUAAUGGCAAAGGUCAAAGUGUGUACAGACUCCCACCUCCAACCUUCUGUCCAGUCAGCUCAACUGGUGAAGUCAUCAAUCUCAGGAUCCCACCGACAGAGAAACCCACAGUGACAAAGGUUCUAUGUAACACGCACAAAUAUAUUUGUUUUCUAAUUUUUACUUGCCUGCAUUAUUAUUAUCAACUUGUGUCUAGUGUGUAUUGAACUUAUUGCUUGAACAUUUGCUCUCCACAGUUAACAGAACCGGUUCCUGUAUCAGGUUCUCUCAUAUUUGACCACAUGGAGCGAUGGAAAAAAAUAAGACAAAAGUAAGUUUUUCUUAAAAGCCAAUACAGUAAUGCACACAACACACCCUAGAGUCAGUGUUUUAGUCUUGCUUAUGAACCCACAUAUUUGUAUGCUGUACUCAAAAUUAUGUUGGAUAACAGCAGAAGAGUAUACACCCUCAUUGGGUAAAAGCAGAGCGGGCAUUCUGGGAAAAGUGUUUUCAACUAGAUAUUUAUGUAUUAGAUAAGAUUUACAACAGGUACACCAGGAGACAGUCAGACAUGUGUUUCUUGGUUAAAAUGGUAAUUCAUGUGUCUAGAAUAAAUGGUUAUUAACAACAAGAUGAAAAGCAUGAAUGUUUGGUGUAUUAACAAUAAGACUGAAUUUCUUUUUUGCAAGCUGACAACCACAUAAAUAUCUUGAGUUUGGAUUUAGUUGAGCUGACCCACACUGGUCCUUUUUUUCAGGUGGAAGGAGUGCUCUAACAAGAACCAGCUGAGAUACAGUGAGAGUAUAAAAGUCCUCAAGGAGAUGAAGGAGCUCUAUGAUCACUGACUGGCUUAUAACUCUCUGCCAAAAUAGACUUGGAUAACAGUCAAUGUCAAACAAGUCACUGAAUGAAACUCUUGCCAUCUCUACAAUCAGACUCAUAGGACAGCAUCAAUAGAACCAUGAGCCUUAAGCAAACCGUACGCUGUGUUCAUUCUAGACAGUAUCAUGACAGAUGUCAGGUUUGCUGUUCAUUUUGCAUGAACCUGCUUUUAUGGGAUUUUUUUUUUUAAUUUAUGAAGAUUCUGUGUAGAAGUUGAAAAAAAAGUAUUUUCCAGACACAUAAAGUGAUUAAACAUUGUGGUCUUUUAAA